AUUAUUAAAAUAAUAAUCACAAUAAAUUAAAGAGCCAACAGUUAUCAUAUUGUAUCGGUUCACUGCAGUUCAAAUAAAUUAAUCGUUCAUCGAACACACCGGUUUAUAAGUAAACCGUCUCCAUUUGUACAGAAAUCAGCUUAAAAAACACCAAGAUGAUGAAGGGAUUAGUUGCACUGGUAACUGGAGGAGCCUCAGGAUUGGGACGAGGAACUGUCGAAAGAUUUGCAAAGCAGGGUGCUAGAAUCAUUGCCGCGGAUUUAAAGUCAUCACAAGAGCAAGGUGAAGACUUAGUGAAAUCACUAGGUCCAGAUGUUAUUUUUACUCCAAUGGAUGUGACAUCAACAGAAGACGUUGAAAAAGCUCUUGAAUUAACAAAAAAAUCAUUUGGUAAAUUGGAUGUCCUGGUAAAUUGCGCGGGAAUAGCGUCAGCAUUCAAAGUUUACAACUUUAAUAAAAAAGUUCCACAUGAAUUGGACACUUUUGCACGAGUUCUUCAUGUCAACACCACCGGUACAUUUAAUGUGAUAAGACUUUCAGUAGGACUGAUGGGAGACAAUACUCCAAACGCCGAUGGACAACGUGGUGUGAUCAUAAAUACUGCCAGUGUCGCUGCUUUCGACGGACAAGUCGGCCAGGCCGCGUACUCUGCGAGCAAAGGCGCCAUCGUGGGUAUGACUCUUCCGUUGGCUCGCGAUCUCUCUACUCAUGGAAUCCGCGUCUGCACGAUAGCUCCCGGUUUAUUCGACACUCCGCUUCUGAAGUCUCUCCCUGAGAAAGUGAGAAAUUUUUUGGCUAAAAGUAUUCCGUUUCCGCAGCGUCUUGGUAACCCAGAAGAGUUCGCGCAAUUGGCCCAGGCCAUUGUCGAGAACCCGUUGUUGAAUGGGGAAACUAUUCGUCUGGACGGCGCUCUUCGUAUGCAGCCUUAAGUCACUAUCAAGAGGACACUUGAGUUAUUCAAGAUUUUAUAGUUCAUUUUUAUUAAUUAAAUAAAUUUGAUUAAUAGAAAGUUAACUUGAGAGUCGGAAUACUUAAAUUUAUAUGAAAUGUUUUUUAUAUCUUUUAUAUGAAUUUUUAUUGAGGAACUUAUAAAUGUUGAUAUAUAUUUUAAGUAAUAAAAAAAAAUGCAUUUGGA